AUGCUUCCUCGAUUAACAGUGUCUACACAAGCUGUUACUAACUAUACUGCAGGAUUGCCAGAGAAUGACUUGUCGAUACAAACCACCGUCCUGAACAGUGAUCUUAGUGAUCUAGCGUUCAAUGGGGUUGCCAAGGUUAAUAAUACUCAUUUCCAACUGCUUGAUAUAUUUCCUAAAGAUAAUCUGAGUGAAGAUGAAUAUUUGGAUAAGUUCGUUUAUCCAGGGAAAGAUUUGAACAAUAACCAGUUCAAUGAUAAAUUGAAACAAUUCUUCAUUUUAUCAUCAUCAGGAAAACCUAUUUAUUCUUUGAAUGGAGGAGAUGAAUUGAUUAUAGGGUUCACUGGUUUGAUUACCACUAUAAUAUCCAGUUUCCAACAUCAAUUGAAUGAAGACAUUGUGGUUAUUGAUUCAGGAGAUGUGAAAAUAUCGGUUUUGAAUCGAGAUCCUUUGAUAUUGGUUUCGAUCUCCAAGAUCAAUUAUGAAAUGUCUAUGAAUCAAAUCACUAAUGAUUAUCAGCAACUCAAGAAUCAAUUGCAUCUGCUUUAUAAUUAUUUACUUUGCAUACUAUCACGACCUACAAUUACCAAAUCGUUUCAGAACAGGAUGAAUUAUGAUCUUAGAAAGAUGUUAACUGACGUGGAUUUCAAGAACCUUGAUGAUAUGGCUAUGAAAUUAACUUACGGAUUAUCUGGGGAUUCCGAUAACGAUGAUAGUUUUGAAUUCUUUUUGAGUCAAUUAGUGAAUGGCUUCCCUACUUCCAAGAUAAGUUAUACUAUAAGGUCUAAAUUGAACUCUUUACUUCUACAUCAUAGAAUUGACGAGAUUCUAUUUGGACUUUUAACUAGUAACCUUAGAAGGAUCAUUACCAUGAUUAAACCUAAAGUUCAUAAUAUUAGUAACUCCGACAUAGAUUUCUUACUUCGAAUUAUCAAGAAUAAUAAUAAGAACAUCAAAGAUAUCGAGACAGAAGAUUUAUGGAUACCUAUUUGUUUACCUGAAUUCAAUUCCAAUGGAUUUGUUUAUGUAUAUGUUAAAACGUUUGACUUGGCUAAAAUACUUGUUAUCGAUGGGAAAUACUAUGAAGAUAGUCAAUUGAUAAAUAUCGUCCUUAUCAGUACUAAUAAGAACAAUUUCUUCAAAGUCAAAGAAAUGGCUAAUAAAAUCAUUGAAAAUAUCAUCCAACUCGAACUUAAAGAUAAAUUAUACCAAGAGUUACUGAAUUAUACAAUCAAUCUUCCCCCAACUAUAAAUCAUUUCGUGUACAGAGAUUUAAAGCAUAAAGAUCUUAAACAAUGCUUAAUAAGUAAUAACCCCAAAGAUUGUAAUUCCAUCAUUAAAUAUGUGUAUUAUUAUUCAAACUUAUAUAAUUCUAAAUCAUCCACCAUUCAAAGCUUAACUCAAGAACUGGGUAAUAGGAAACUUAGUUAUAUAAAAUAUGAUGUCAUCACAUUUUCCAUUAUUGAUGAUAAUUAUGAAUUUUAUGCUAUUGGGUCAGGAGAAUUGAGUGAUUUGAUCUCUGAUGGGUUGAAAGUGGUGAAAUGGAUAAAGCUGAAUGAUAAAAGGUUCUUUGGAAAUGUCGUGAAGUUCAAUUUUUAA